GGACACUUGGCUGCGUGCCGACACUAUGUCAGUUUGCUGGGAAAGGAGUUGCCUCCCGCGCCGCAUUCUUCUCGUGCAGGAUGCAUAGAGAAUAGCCAGGCGACCGCAGGGUUCCUGUGAUAGAUGUGUCUCGGCUGAUUCAUUGACCAAGAGCGACUAAAUGCGAUGUGGGUGUGCUGAGAAGAUGCGGGAGAAGCACGUCAUCGGGGCAUCCGAACCCACAGAAGCAGGGGACAACGUGCAAAAGGUCUACUGUGAGUUGGAGUUUGCCGGAAAAAACUGGCGGGUCCGUCCUGGUUAUUGAUAAUAUAGACCCUCUGACCAUCCCUGCUCUAGCCGAGAACCGGACGUACCCUAUGGUGAGUGAGUUGGUGUCUUCGAAACAUUUGACUUUGUACCCUCACUGGGGUGACGACGCAACGGGAUCACGAAGUGAAAGAGGGCAAAAAAGGAAAGCUUCUUAUUCUGAGCCCAACGUCCACUUUGCUCGCAAAAUAAAGUCGUCCUUUUCCUUAAACCAUGUUCCACCGCAGGCGCACACCUGUUGCGUCUACGGUGUUAUGUAUGCCUCGAAUUCCGGCGCCAAAUUGCCAGCAAAGUGUCUUCAGCCGUUCUGCUGGCGACCCCAACAUACAGCUCAACCGGUGCAACUCAAGCUUCCCGCGCCCUCUUUUUCUUCCAGCACGAGGUAGUCUGCCCCAGGCGCAAUUCUUUAGCCGCGCACCGCGCUUCU